AUUUUACUAUAAUAAAAUGUUACACUCAAGUUGUCUCCUCUUUGUUUAUGACGUUUUUCUGAAUUAUGGGAUGUUUUGCUCCGCCAUUUGCUCGGAACUGAUACGGAUUGACUAUUAUUUUUAACAAAAGCCUCGAAAAUCUCACACAAUUGCUGCAGUUAAAAUGGAUUGUCAGCAAGUUAACCGUAUCAUCCGUGUUGAUGGCUCCAUGAGUCAAGAAAUGGGAUCAGCAGAAACUGUGACAAUAAGUCUUGAGGAUGCUGCACAGAUUAUCCUCCAAGAACAAGUCAUGGAUGGAACUCUUCAAAUACCUCCUGGCACCUAUCAUAUUCUUACACAAGACACACUUCAAGUGGAUGAGAACCGGCUGAUUGUGGCCGGCUCCGAUGGUAUGCCGGUCAUCAUGCAGUCAGCCAGUAACAACCUUCAGAACUACACUGUCCAAACUGAGGAUGGGGAAGCUAAUAUUUCAGAAGUGGUCAAUACUGUUGUGUCAGACGGCACGUCCAUGGAUAUACUCCAGGUGGCCGAGUCGAAUGAAGACCUUCAGCUGCCACAACAGACUACUCUGGUUGCUGCAGCAGAACCUGUUAAUGAAGAAGCUGAGAGUGCAGAAGUAGUGGGUGUUAGUGUCAACAAUGUGGCUCCCAGAAAUGUGAAAGCAGAAGAUGCAGGUGUUACUCUGAAUCCCAUGGGGUUGACAAAUAUUAUCAGUACUGCUAGUUCCGCCAAGCAAGAUCUCCCUGAAGAUCAGAGCAAUCAGAUGACUGAAGCAUAUCCUUCAGCUGAUAAUGCUGCUGAUACUAUGCUACUGAUACUACUUCUACUACUGCAGCCCAGACGCAAACCCGAUCUCACAUGUCCUAUUGCUGUUACGGAGAGGACAGAGGUGGUGAUUAAUGGUAAAAAAUGUGUGAUGAUGUUAAACUCUGAGACAGGCCAGAUGUGUGCUUAUCCCUUGCUGCCACCAGAAGGCCGAAGAAAACGUGGUCGACCUCGGAAACAGCCUCGUGUUGAAGAACCAGCUCUUGCUGAGGCUACAGAGUCUCCUGAACUCCCCCUGUUACUGUCAGAAAGCACAACGGAAAAUACUUUGCUGCCAAAGAUAUCCCUGAAUGGCAGCCAAGAGUGGACAGCUUCAGAGCAAAACCAGUCAGUAGCUGUUGACGACAUCAAAGAAAUUCCACUGAUGAGCCAGGAGAUGUUGGCACAAACAGAGCAGACCAAUGCUGCGGAGGGCCUCCUGGAAUUGUCUGCUACAGGUCCAGAUGGUGUACGUCGAAGUGGAAGAAUAAGACGGAAAGCAAAGACUCUAGAAGAUUACGAAAUACUGGAGAUUUCAAGUGAAGAUGAAGGAGCUACUGCCCCAGAUGACGAAGAAGUGACACCUGCUGGAGUAAAAAGGAAACGACCUGGCACCAAGGAUGCUACUACACUUGCACCAUUUUUACUUGGACCUGGGAUGAAACGAGGACGUGGUCGGCCUCGACGGUUUCCACCGGCUGGACCGAGCAGUUUGCCAACACAAAUUCCCGCUGUGAUUAUACCAACAUCCGGUGGUCAAACACUGAUGAUGGCUUCUGUUCCAGGAAUCCAGAACAUGCAGGCAUUUCAGCAGCAGAUAAAGCAACUGCCAACCAUAUUACAUAAAUCAGUAGAAGGUCAAGGGACCGAAGACAAUAAUAAUCAGAUGUUACCAGUGUCAUUGAAUACCGAAGGAAUCACUGUCACUGACUCCACUUCAAAGCAGCAGCAGCAGCAAAAACAACAAGAAAGCCUUGUAAUUUCAGCAACAGACAAUACAACCGAGAAUGCAAAGACAGAUGGGUCCACAGAUGAUAAUGAAGAAAUUUCAAAAGUACAUUCCAAAACUGCUGAAAAUUCAACAAGUCAAUCAGUUACUUCAGACGAAGGCAAGAGUGUCAGCGAGUCUUCGACAGAGGUUAUCACUAGUAGUGCUCCGCCAACCAUUAUCCAGAUUCCAGAGAACUUUUUACCAAUGUUUUUACCAAAGAAAGAUCCAAUCAAACUCGGUUUGAAAGCAACAGAGAAUGACUUGGAACGUUUGCGUUGUAACAAAUGCCAGUUCCAGGCAUACUACCAACAGCAGUUCCAGGAACAUCUGUCAACUAACCACCCGGAGACUGUUCAGAAAUGCAAGUGUUGUACAUACGUCUCCCUCGACAAAACAGAUUUAUACAAUCAUUUCAAAGAGAACCACCCUCGGUGUCUAUGUCACGUGUGUGGAUUCACAUCAGAACAUGCAUAUGUAAUCAAGCGUCACAUGAUGAGGCACAGUGCUGAUGGUUGCACUUGUGAGUUGUGUGGAAAAACAUACAAGGACCAGUAUAUAUUGAAGAUGCAUGUGAAAAUGGUUCACCUGCCUGCAGAAGUGCUUUAUGAAUGUACAAUAUGUGCCAAAAAGUUCACAAGGAAAGCUCAUCUAAAGCGACAUCUCCGAAUACACGACCCAGAGAAACCUUAUAAAUGUCCACACUGUGAAUACAGAGGUUGUGAAAGGUCAGACAUCUCCAAACAUGUUCUCAUACAUGAUGAACCGAAGCACAUCUGUGAGGUCUGUGGAAAAGCAUUCCGACACAUAAAGAACAAAGAGCUACAUGUCAAAAGACAUAAAGGUCAACGAGAUUACAAAUGUGGAGUUUGCGAUUUCUUCGGUUACACGUUCACGGACAUUCGGAAACAUAUUGAGAGGAAGCACUCUGAUCUGAAAACCUUGGAUUGUGAUAAAUGUAGUCAGACUUUCCAUAAUGAAAGUUUACUCAUUGAACAUCAAAAGCAGAAAUGUGAAGUUACCAUGAUUGAGCAGGCAUUAACCAUUGCAACGUCAACAGGGACGACAGAAGCUCGAAUCCAGAUCCCUACAUCCCUGUCGGUUGAUGGCCAGCACAUCACAAUAGGGUCCCAACAGAUACCCAUGGACACUUCACAGCAGGUCAACAUCACUGUGGAACAACUCAACCUCACAGGAAAUUCUGAAGAUGGUGAAAUAACGCUGACUGAAAGCAAUCCUUUGGGUGGCUCCGAAAUUGCUGUUGCAUCUCAGACGGAGCAGUUUGAGGAUAUCAGUGCAGAUCCCAGCUGUGUGCUGACUGAAGGGACAGGGGUUUCAGAAUCGGUGGGAGAAGAAGGGGAAGUAAGUGGGGGGGAGAGACAAGAGGAUGGAGAAGUAGAAGAAGGAGUGCUUGACGUGAAGGAACUUGGGCAGAAUCUCACAGAAAGCCUGAUGAUGACGAAACAUCACAUCGCGGUACCAAUCAGCGAGGCUAUCACAGUUAGCCAGGUGACAUUCGUCAGUGCUGAUGUCAUGACAACAUCAACGACGACACCAACAACAACAACGAUGGUAGCGCCUGUUGUUGAACAGUCAUUGUCGGAAUUGACUGAAGGUGUUGUGGAAGGGUCGGGUCUGGUGUUGGGGAUGGAAGUGAAAGAAGCUCCAGUGGAGUCAACAGAGGCCAUUGUAGCAACCACAACAGAAACGGCAAUAUUAGCAACAGCGGAGGCAGCAAUUGCAACAGACACAGUGGAAUUGACAACAGCAACAACAACAACAUCAACAACAUUGUCAGCUGCAGAAACAGUCAUGGAAACUACUGCCGAAGUAGCAACUACAGCAACAACAACAACAACAGCCGCAACAACAACAGCAGCAGCAACAACAACCACAGAAGUUGAAGCAGUAGCAGCAACUGUAGCAGAAACAUCAGAGUUAGCAACCACAAAUGAAACAGUAGACCAGCAGCAACAACAACAACAACAACAACAUCAACAACAACAACAACAGGAACAGCAGCCGGAGCAACAAGUUACUGUUACUCUCACUGAGGUUAAUCCCUCAUCUACUGAUGGAGAGCCUGCAGCUAAUAUGGUGAUCAGUUGAGGACAUUAUUCAACACUUAGACUUUCUCUCUCACUUAUCUUGUCAUUUAUCUGUUGUUCAUCACAAACUUCACCUUAGCUCAAUUCUGUGUCUAUCCCUUUCACCCAUUUCUGGCUCAUGAGUUAGCCAGCCAGCCAGCCAGACCACUCAAUCAAAUUGACGACAUCACAUUGUUGGGAAUAUUUUGCUAGGCUGUCUCUUAUGCGACAUCUGGCAACAAGAGAGGGCUAUUGAUUCCUGGUAUCAGAUCAGUUUUUGUUGUGCAACAACUGGCAUUAGACUGCUGUCUCUGUUGUCUUGGCACCAGGCUACUUCUUUGUUGUGUAUUAGUUGGCACCAAAGAGUCAUAUAUUUAAUGCCUGGCAUGUUAUCAAUGUUUAUUGUCUUACAGUUGGCAUCAGACUUCUGUCUGUGUUGUCCCGGCCCCUGGUUAUCUGUUAUGUGACAGCUGGUACCAAGAGGUCUUUUAUUUGAUGCCUGGUACUAAAUCAACCUUUAUUGCCUCACAGUUGGCACCAGACUGCUGUAUUCCUGUUAUCUGACGACACCAGACUGCUUGCAUCUUCUGUUGUCUUGGCACCCAUCUUUUGUCUCAUUUGUUGGGUGACAACACCAAGAGGUCUUUUAUCUGAUGCUGGGCACCAGGUUAGUCCUUGAUGUCUGACUAUUGGCACCAGACUGCUGUCUCUGUUGUUUUGACACCAGAUUAUUUUCUCAUCUGUUAGGUGAUAGCUGGUACCAAAUCAGUUUUUGUUGCCUCACAGUUGGCUCCAGACUGAUAUUUCUGUUACCUGACAGCUGAUACCAGACUGCUGUUUGUGUUGUCUUAGCACCAGACUGUUGUCUCAUCUGCUGUGUGACAGUUGGCACCAAGAGGUCUUUUGUCUGAUGCUUGGCACCAAGUCAGUCCUUAUUCUCUGACAGCUGGUAGCAGGCUGUUGUCUUUGUUGUGUGACAACUGAUGAACUGCUGUGCAUUAUAAUAAGCACCACUGGACUUUUGCCUGUAGCCUAUACAAUUGACAUUAGUGUUUUGUUUGUGACCCUAAUAAUGGGUGCCAGUGUUUUGGCUGUGACUCUUAGGGCUAGUACUAGCUGUGUAUUAGCUGUGAUUCUAACAGUUGGUGUUAGCCUAUGUCUAUGACCCAUACAAGUUGUAGUGUUGGCUCUAACAAUUGGCACUAGUCAUCUAUUGCUGAUGCUACAGUUAGUACCAAUCUUCUGUCUGUGAUUCUAACAGCCAGUGUUUGUUUAUUGGAAGCUGCUCUCUAACAAAUUGUAUUAUAAAAUUAAAAUAAUAUAAAAGUA